AUGGAGACCAUGAAGAAAACCAUGGAUCUCGAUGACAUCGUGAGUGGCAAACAAGCAGUCAGAAACGAAUCAUCGGAAGACACUCAGACAAAUCUGUACUCGUGUUUUAAUCCCGCGCUUUCAUUAUUGGCACCUCAACUUCUUGCAAAUCAAACUGCUGCGGCUGCUGCUUUGAUGGCUUCAUGGCCAAUGCAACUAAGGGCUCAACUUGCAUCAUCGAUUGGCAUGCCACAUCAUCCGUCGUUUUUCCCAGGAUGGCCAAUGACGCCGCCACUUUCACAUAAAAGUGGAAAUUCACCGCCACCACCGACAUCUCCAAUCUCACCGUCACCAAGUCAUAAAUCAGAGAAAUUAAGAAAGUUAAACAACAACUAUUCCCAUACAAAUAAUAAUCACAUUGUCUCAACGACAACUGAAUUAUUGGCUCAUAAGAAAACAACAAAGCGCGAACGUCCCUACACUUGUGAGAUUUGUGAGUCAAGAUUCAGCGACUCUAAUCAGUUGAAAGCUCACAUGUUGAUUCAUAAUGGCGAGAAACCUUUUGGUUGUGGACAUUGUCAGUCGAAAUUCCGAAGACGACAUCAUUUGAUGAGUCACAAAUGUGGAUCAACUUCAAUAAGCGAUCAAACAUCUCACAAUUCAGAAGCAAGCGACGAAUCUGUUGACUUGACUAAGACUACAAGCCAUUUCCAAAAGUGUCAUCAACUUCUGCAAGGUAUGAAAAGUGCGACCGAAGAACCGCUCAACUUAACCAACGAAAUGAUUCCAAAUGGAAAACUCAUGAAUAGUUUUAUUGCAAAGUUUAAUGAAACAAAAAAUUUAACGAGUCCAAUGUCACAACAAAUCGGAUUUAUUCAAACUGAGUUACCGGAACAAACCGAGCCUGAGGAUCUUUCAAUGCACUCUCCAAAAUCGCCUGUGUCGAUGGACGAGUUGGAAGAACUUGAUGACGCCGCUACUUUGUACUUAAAGCUGCAACACAAGACUAAAAACUCGAAAGCGGUGUAA